AUGAUCACCGGUGAAGAAGAUACGACUGGUCCAUGUGAAGAGGAUGAUUUUGGAGUCCAUAUCUCGUUUGUGUUUGCAAACGAGAAACGAUUCAGCGAUUUUCAUGCACUAUUUCGAAGUGUCCCAGAUGAUGAGAAACUGAUCGAAGAUUAUGGAUGUGCCUUACAGAAAGAAAUCCUAGUUCAAGGUCGCCUUUACAUCAGCGAAAAUCAUGUCUGCUUUAAUGCCAAUAUCUUUGGCUGGGUCACCAAUUUAGUCAUCGCAUUCUCCGAGAUUACAGCAAUCGAGAAGAGGAUGACAGCCUUUGUGAUCCCUAAUGCUAUCAGUAUCGUUACUGCGACUAAUACAAAGGGUCACUUCUUUGCGUCGUUUCUUUCUCGUGAUACCGCUCACGAUCUGUUGAUGGCAGCCUGGAGAAAAUCAUUUCCUUGUGCAGCAAACGCUUGUGCAGCCAGUAACAACAAUGGCAAUAGCAUGCAUCGUCAGAACCGAUCUCUUCUCGGUGUUAAUGAUGAUGACGAUAGAACCAAAAUGAAAUUGUCAUCCACUCAACCUUCAGCUACAUCCUCUUUUCAGACACCAACUACGUGUAGAUGCUCAAAGGAUGGUCGACAUUAUUCUAACACCUACAUGUCAGAAACCUACCCUGGUACUGUUCGGGCCAUAUGGAAACUACUCUUUGACUCAGACUUUAACAAAAGUUUUUUAACCUCAGAAGCUAUGAAGGGAGCAGACGUUCAGGAUGAACCUUGGCAAAAAUCCACUGACGAUACUUUAACAAAAACAACACGAUAUACCAAAUGGCUUGGUAUGCCCAUUGGUCCCAAGACUGCAAAAGCUAUACUGACAGAUGUCUGUGAGCACAAGAAUUUUGAUGAGUAUACGACAACAGUGACAACGACUUCAACACCAGACGUUCCCUCUGGGGGAUGCUUCACAACUAAAGUGAGGACUUGUAUUACAUGGGCAGGUCCAACUCAAGUGCAGGUAGUAGUGACUGGGGGAGUUGAAUUCACAAAAAGUAGCUGGAUCAAGGGUCAAAUUGAGAAGGGUGCAGCAGAAGGACUAACGGCUCAUUACACGGAGCUGAACAAGUGUAUACGCAAACAUAUU